GCGGACCUGCGCACCGGAGCGCUCCCGCCUGCCUGCCGCCGCCGGCCCCGGCAGAGAUGCAGCGGGCCGCGGUGAUGUUCGAGGACGUGGCCAUUUAUUUCUCCCCCGAGGAGUGGGUGGAGCUGGCGGCGUGGCAGCGGGAGCUCUACCAGGAGGUGAUGAUGGACAACUAUGACCUGGUCGCUAGCCUGGAGCAGGGCCACGGGGUGCUCGCUGCCCUCCCCAGCCUUUCCAGGGCCAUCUCCGGUGCGUGAGGAAUAACAGCUCCAGCUGCCUGGGGCAGGACGGACGGCAAGGACUUGUCCCGGGAGGAUGAGAGGGGGCGCUUGGCACUGUGCGCGUCCCCAGCCCAGCCGGCCGAGCACUCCUGCUCCACGCUUUGG